AUGAUGGCUGCGGAUGCUGCGGAUGCUCUCUGCUGCAUCCUGCAUCCGCGCCGGCUCUCCUUCCUGCUCCUCACCGUCACCCUCUCCUCUCUGCCGGCCCCGACAGCAGCGCUGCUCGGCGUCCGGCCCGAAGACACGCAGAGCGGAGAGCUGUCCGUGCAGGGUGGGAUACUGAGAGCCACCGAGGGGACCCGCUUCCUGCUGAGGGUUUACUACUCCGCAUCCCCAGCUACCGAGCAUCCCAACAGCCAGAACGGCAGCGGCAGACCGGACGCGGCACCUGCCGCUCCGUGGAUCGCGUUCAUCGAGGAGCCAGGUGAGGACAGCGGGGAUGCCGAGAGGCGGCAGCGCUCCAGAGGGAACCCGUGUGAGGAGGAGAAUGCCCGGAGCUCUGACAUCGAGCUGCUGGGCUCUUUCAGGUCCACCUCAAGUCACAACUCAGUUUUGGUGGAGCUGCUCGCCAAAGACCUGCGCAGAGACGAGGUGAUCAAAUACUACUCCAUGUGCGCGUUUGAUGGAGUAAAAUGGGAGCAUUUCAGCACCAAAGACUUCUGGCUGGCGGUGGUGGAGAGACCCCCGGAGGCAGAUGUUUGGCUCCAGGCAGGGGUCUCGGUGCUGCUGCUGGGGCUGUCUGCACUCUGCAGCGGGCUGAACAUCAGCAUGCUGGCUCUGGACCCCGUGGAGCUGCGGGUCCUACAGAACAGUGGAACGGAGAAGGAACAGAAAUACGCACGGAAAAUAGAGUCUGUGCGUAAACACGGAAAUUACAUCCUUUGCACCGUGGUGCUGGGCAACGUGCUUACAAACACUUGCUUCGUGGUGUGGAUGUGCCAGAUUUUAGGAAUGACUGCUCUCUCAACUGCCUCAUGCACUUUGGGGAUAUUCUUUAUUGGCGAGAUUUUACCUCACUCCGUGGCAUCCAGGCACAGCCUCGCCAUCGCCUCCAAGACCCUGUGCGCGACCCGCCUGCUCAUGUUGAUAUUUUUCCCCAUCGCAUACCCAGUCUCCAAGAUCCUGGACAUCAUGCUGCACCAGGAGAUCAGCAGCUUUUACACCAGGGAGAAGCUGGUGGCCAUGCUGCGCGUCACAGACCCCUACCACGACUUGGUCAAAGAGGAGCUCAACAUUAUCCAGGGAGCGCUGGAGCUGAGGACCAAGACCGUAGAGGACGUGCUGACCCCGCUGUCAGACUGCUACAUGCUGUCAUCGGAUGCCGUGCUGGACUUCUGCACCAUGUCAGACGUGAUGCAGAGCGGUUUCACCCGCAUCCCGGUCUACGAGAACGACAGGUCCAACAUCGUAGACAUCCUGUUCGUCAAAGACUUGGCCUUCGUUGAUCCCGACGAUUGCACUCCUCUGAAAACAAUCACUCAGUUUUACAAGCAUCCCAUGCACUGCGUCUUCAGUGACACCAAGCUGGAUGUGAUGCUGGAGGAAUUCAAGAGAGGUAAGUCCCACCUGGCCGUGGUGCAGAGGGUGAACAGCGAAGGCGAAGGAGACCCCUUCUACGAAGUGAUGGGCAUCGUCACCCUGGAGGACGUCAUAGAGGAGAUCAUCAAGUCUGAGAUCGUGGAUGAGACAGACCUGUACACCGAUAACCGGAACAAAAGGCGAGUGUCCAACCAUGAACGGAAACAGCAGGACUUCUCUAUCUUCAAAUUGGCAGAAAAUGAGCUGAAGGUGAAGAUCUCGCCCCAGCUGCUGCUGGCGACGCAUCGCUUCUUGGCAACAGAGGUGGAGCCUUUUAGGCCGUGUCACCUGUCAGAAAAGAUUCUGCUGCGUCUCAUCAAACAUCCCAGCGUCGUGCAGGAACUCAAGUUCAACCCCAAGAACAAACACGCUCCUCAACACUACCUCUUCCAGAGAAACAAGCCUGUUGACUACUUCAUCCUGAUCCUGCAGGGACGGGUGGAGGUAGAGAUAGGAAAGGAGGCCCUUCGGUUCGAAAACGGAGCGUUUUCCUAUUACGGCAUGCCAGCGCUCAUUCCACCCCUGCCUAUUGGUCAGAGGUACAGCUCCCGGGGCAGCGGUCUGAACCAGUCAGACUCAUUACUGAGCGGAGGCAGCGUGGGGCAGCUCACUGCUGGAGGAGGCGUCUAUUUACCAGACUACUCAGUCCGGCAGCUCACAGACCUGCAGAUCAUCAAGAUCACCAGGAACCACUACCAGAACGCCCUGACGGCCACCAGGAUGGACAGCUCCCCUCAGACGCCGGACCCGGUGGAUCCCGACGCCAAAGGGAGGCCUCCGGUCCCAGAGGCUCGCUCGCACAGCAUCGCCCUCCCCCUCACCCACACUCACACCCGUCUGGGGCUGGCACGCCUUGCACACCUCCAUCCCCACGGUGGCCUUCGCAACACCUCCCAGCUCAACGAGAGAAACCGCAUCGUCCGCAGUAAAUCCGACGGGCAGAGGAGUCCAAACGAUACGGUGUUCCUUCGCAUGGAUGAGAUUCCCUACAUCCACGAGGACCGACCAGAAAGCUAUGGAGAGAAUGAUGUGCCUACAGUCUCCCAGCCGUCCACCUCUCCCUUCAUCAGCUCUUUGUCUCUGUCCAGCUCCGAGGAGAACAUCGGGAAGAAGCUGUUGCGUAAAUUAAGUAACAAGAGGAGAAAAAAGUCUCGGGAUGGAGACAAGAGUUUGGAGGAAGGUUCAGAGCAACCGCCGGUGACGAGCUAG